CGCCCCCGCCGAGGAGGGGCGGAGCCGGGAGUGAGGGCGGGCGCCGCGCGCAGUGGAGGUGGAGAGUGAGGCCGAGGGGUGGGGGAGCCCGGGAAUUCCCUCCUCCUGAAGUAACGAGUGCGGGGCGGCUGUGCCGUCGUCGCUGCAGCCGGGCGCUCGGGACGAGGAGGUGGAGGAGGGAGAGGGCCCAGCGGGCCUCGCCUCCGCCCGCCGCCCCCUCCUCGCCAGCCCGAGCCGCGGUAGCGGCGACUCAUGAGAGCGCGACUGGAGGGCAGUUUUUGCUUUAUUGGACAUGGGACAGCGUCGUUUUAAGGAGCUCUUCGAAAACCAACUCCGAUGUAGGGAUUGCUUUAAUUUUUAUUUUAUUUGAUAAUGGGCUGCAUUAAAAGUAAAGAGAACAAAAGUCCAACCAUUAAAUAUAGAACCGAAAACACUCCAGAACCUGUCAGUAGCUGUGUCAGCCAUUAUGGAGCAGAACACACUGCAGUGGCACCAUCAUCUUCAACAAAGGGAGCAUCUGUUAAUUUUAGCAGUCUUUCCAUGACACCAUUUGGAGGAUCCUCAGGGGUGACACCUUUUGGAGGAGCAUCUUCUUCAUUCUCAGUGGUGCCAAGUUCAUAUCCUGCUGGUUUAACAGGUGGUGUUACUAUAUUUGUGGCCUUAUAUGAUUAUGAAGCUAGAACUACAGAAGACCUUUCAUUCAAGAAAGGUGAACGGUUUCAAAUAAUUAACAACACGGAAGGAGACUGGUGGGAAGCAAGAUCUAUUGCUACAGGAAAGAAUGGCUAUAUCCCUAGCAAUUAUGUAGCCCCUGCAGAUUCCAUUCAGGCAGAAGAAUGGUAUUUUGGCAAAAUGGGCAGAAAAGACGCCGAAAGAUUACUUCUGAAUCCUGGGAAUCAACGAGGUAUUUUCUUAGUAAGAGAGAGUGAAACUACUAAAGGUGCUUAUUCUCUCUCUAUCCGUGAUUGGGAUGAGGUAAGAGGUGACAAUGUGAAACACUAUAAAAUUAGGAAACUUGACAACGGCGGAUACUAUAUCACAACCAGAGCACAAUUUGAUACUCUGCAGAAGUUGGUAAAACACUACACAGAACAUGCUGAUGGUUUAUGCCAUAAGUUAACAACCGUGUGUCCUACUGUGAAACCCCAGACUCAAGGUCUAGCAAAAGAUGCUUGGGAAAUUCCUCGAGAAUCUUUGCGACUAGAGGUUAAAUUAGGACAAGGAUGUUUUGGUGAAGUAUGGAUGGGGACAUGGAAUGGAACCACAAAAGUAGCAAUCAAAACACUAAAGCCAGGUACAAUGAUGCCAGAAGCUUUUCUUCAGGAGGCUCAGAUAAUGAAAAAAUUAAGACAUGAUAAACUUGUUCCACUAUAUGCUGUUGUUUCCGAAGAGCCAAUUUACAUUGUCACUGAGUUCAUGUCAAAAGGGAGUUUAUUGGAUUUCCUGAAGGAGGGAGAUGGAAAGUAUUUGAAGCUCCCACAACUGGUUGAUAUGGCUGCUCAGAUUGCUGAUGGUAUGGCAUAUAUUGAAAGAAUGAAUUAUAUUCACCGAGAUCUUCGGGCUGCUAAUAUUCUUGUAGGAGAAAAUCUUGUUUGCAAAAUAGCAGAUUUUGGUUUAGCAAGGUUAAUUGAAGACAAUGAAUAUACAGCAAGACAAGGUGCAAAAUUUCCAAUCAAAUGGACAGCUCCCGAGGCUGCACUGUAUGGUCGAUUUACAAUAAAGUCUGAUGUAUGGUCAUUUGGUAUUCUACAGACAGAGCUGGUAACAAAGGGCAGAGUGCCAUAUCCAGGUAUGGUAAACCGUGAAGUGCUAGAACAGGUGGAACGAGGAUACAGGAUGCCUUGCCCUCAGGGCUGCCCAGAAUCCCUACAUGAAUUGAUGAACCUUUGUUGGAAGAAGGACCCUGAUGAAAGGCCAACAUUUGAAUAUAUUCAGUCCUUCUUGGAAGACUACUUCACUGCUACAGAGCCACAGUACCAGCCAGGAGAAAAUUUAUAAUCCAAGCAGCCUUUUAUAUGCACAAAUCUGCCAAAAUGUAAAGAACUUGUGUAGACUUCCUUACUUUACAUACAGGAAUCAAAAGAAGAAAGCCUUCUUCACUCUGCAUGUUUUUAAUGGUAAACUGGAAUUCCAGAUACGGUUGCACAAACCGCUUUUUUUUUUUUUCCAAGUGUUAAACUCUAAAAUACCAAUGAUGAAUUUUCCAACUUAUUUCAGGGUCCAAAGAAAGUAUAGUUAUGAUGUUGAUGACCGUGUGAGUGAUAGCAUGACCAUGAAGAGCAACAAGGCUGCUUCUUUAUAAAUCACUUCCUUUCUUUUAUUCCCCAAACUCAGAGUUGUUAAGAGGAAAGUGUGUAUCAUUAUAGACAAAACUUGGGAGAUAAAAACAGGUAUACCAGAAUAAAAUCUAAAGUCAAGGAACUUUAUAGGACCAAACAAUUCCAUUCCAGUUUUUAAAGAUGUCUUCCAUUCAUUGUUUUCACAAGCUUUUUCGAAGUUGAACAGUUAGUAUACAAUCUUACUAAUAUCUACCUUCUUUUGCAUGGAAAUGCACCAGGUUUUUAGAAGCAAAAAGGAAUAUAAACAGCAUCUAAAACUUGAUUAAUGUUAGACGACAGUAGUGACAUUUGAAAGUAUAAUGCACUAUGUUAAUACUCAUACUCAUGGAACUGGAAAGUAGAAAUUUUCACUUUGAUUAAUCAUUUUCUGAAUAGCUCAGUUUAGAAUAAUGAAGGUAACUAGAAAGUGAGUUAAUCUUUUAUAAGGUUGUAUUGAUUUUCUUUAAGGCAUUAUAUAAUUGAAGUUGUACUGUCCAAUCCAAGGGAAAAUCUUUUAAUAUUUAGAUAACAUGAAAAAAUAAGACCUGACAUUUAAACAGUCCUUUUGAAAAAGUAGACUGGUACUGUGAGAUAUUUCUAGUAUGUACUUACGGUGAUGGGUGCCACAAAUAUGAAAUAUCACUAGAUCAGGGACUUGAAUGCACUUUUGCUCUUCCUGAAUAUAGACUGACAGAGAGGAAAAUAUUUAAAAGAAAUAUGAGAAAAGAAAAUGUGAAAAUUUUACAGGUAGAGGGAUGGAAUGUUAUGCUUAAUGUUCAUGUUAAGGAGUGACAAAUGGCUUUCCUGGCACUCAUAGCUCCUCACUCACCUGUUCUGAGAUUUUAAGAGUUACAAGGUAUGUCUAAAACUAAUCUUUCUUAAUGUAAACACUAAAUGAGCAUUCAGCCUCAAAUAGCUAAGUUAAGGCUUCCCACUAAUUCCAGUGAUAGAGCUUUUAUGUGAAACAUUUUUAGAACUCCAGUUUUCAAAUCUGUGUUUAAAUCUAUAUUAACUUUUUAAAUAUACUUAAUGGUGAUCAUUUUUUCCCUUUUUAGAAUUUAGUUGUUUUGGGGAGGAAAACUUAUUGAGAAUAAUAGCAGCGGUGGAAAGGGAGGGACAGGUUUUUUGCCCAAAGUAUAGAAGUGAAACCCAAAAGUUUUAUGACUGACUCAAAAAGAAAUUCCAAAAUAGGAAUUUAAAUAGCAUCAUUACUGGUUUAAGUGUAGCAAAGGAACUGAAUCUGACAAAUGAAAGUAUUUAUGUUUUAAAAUAUUCUCCUUUAUAGUCACACUUUUAAAGCAAUACAUCAGGUUCCCAUAUUUUAGAAUUAUAAUUCUUUUUUUUCUGAUCAACAUUUAUUCAAGAAAAAUGGUUGAAUCUUAGUAAGAUCAGUGAGCUUUGUCGUGUACGUGCUCUAUUCACAACCCUUAACCCCAAUUCCACUGUAACCUUGAAAACCAACAGCCCCUGUAAUUACAAUUUUUAACUAUCAUCACUUACCUGAUUUCAUCAUUAAGUUUAAAGUUCUGUGCCAUGGUAACUGUAUUGAAAUUCAGGCAAUUUUAAAACAUGACAAAUGAGUUUAAUUUAGGUUGGUAAUAGCUCUGGUACUAAAGGUUGUGGAGGUUUCUAAUGUUUACGUAACCUGUUUAGUAUUCAAUCUCUCUUCCAAGAGACUCUUCCUAGGAUUCCUGUCAUCAUUUACCCAGAACAUCUACAACCUCGGACAUCAGAUUUUUAAAGGGCUUUAUGUGAACUAUGGUAUUAUAAUUUUUCUAAGCAUUUAAAAAAGGAUAACAAAAUUAUGUAAUAAUUGUGUUCAGAAAAAUAAGUCAGGAAAAGUUGAUGGUAUUCAUUAGGUUUUAACUAAAUGGAGCAGUUCCUUAUAUCACUUGUAUAGUAAGGAAAUAAAACACUAACUUAAUGUGUAUUCAGUUUAAAUGGUUCUGUAUUUUUAAAUUGCCAAGAGAAAUAAAGAACUUUGUAUAUUUGAAGAUUUUUUUUUUUUCCAGCAGCUUUUCAUCUUCAGUGUCUUAAUGUGGAAUUCAACCCUCACCAGAAAAGGAAGUUGACAGAAACAACCUUUAUAGCACAAACACUUUUUUUAAUGAAUAAUGGUAGCCUAAAAUGUAAUAUUUUUAUAAGGUAUUAUAAUAUUGUUUUGUGGAUAAUUGAAAUAAAAAUUCUCAUUGAAUGCACCCAUUUAUCUUUCCAGCCACUAUUCAUAUUUUCUCAUCAGUUUUUUAAAAAAUUGGUAUUUAUAGCAUAUUCUGAAUUUGUUCUUCCAUUAGGAAAAAAGUGUUCAGUUAUAACUCUUGAGCAGAGUUGAAUCAAUUCUUUAUUAAAUUCAGAUCAUUAUUGAA